UUUUGAUAUGUAAAUAAACCAGCUAACAAUAAAAAUUUCAAGUAAAUUGAAUAACAACUCAUCAUCAGAUUUUUAUAAUAUUAUUUAUAUAUGUGAAUAUAUGGUGUGAAACUAAUCCUAUAUAUAUAGUAGCUUGUGAAUACAUGUCAGUCAAAUUCAUACAUAAAUCCAUAAAAAAUUAGAGAAUCUCAUUUUCCUCUUCCACCAUAUAAACAGUGGAAAGCCAUUCAAGUGCUCUCCCCUCUCUUAUUCCUGGCUUCUUCCUCUAAUCUCUAGCCUCAGAAAGAAAGAACAAAAUGAAUCCAAAUCUCCUUAAGAACAAUCUUACAGGUAAUUAUACCAUCAAUGACUCUGGAAGAUUCGAAGUAAGAAACAACUUCAGAUCUCCACCACACUCGCACCCCAACUUCUCUCUCGCAAGAAAACAUCUUCACAACAAAUCAGUCUCAGUCUUGGAGUCAGGAGAUGAACAUGAGAAAGAGAGAGGUGGAAAUGGUUUGAAAAGAAGAGGUAAAAAUGGAAUAAAUUCCAAACUAUGCUCAAGAGGACACUGGAGACCAACAGAAGAUGCUAAACUCAAGGAGCUUGUUGCCCAGUUUGGCCCCCAAAACUGGAACGUGAUUGCUCACCACCUUCUUGGUAGAUCAGGCAAGAGUUGUAGAUUGAGAUGGUUUAACCAACUUGAUCCAAGAAUUAACAAGAGAGCAUUCACCGAGGAAGAAGAGUCUAGGCUUUUAGCUGUUCACCAAGCCUAUGGCAACAAGUGGGCUUUGAUCUCACGUCUCUUCCCGGGUCGGACAGAUAACGCCGUCAAGAACCAUUGGCACGUCAUCAUGUCUCGACGGACUAGAGAGAGUCAACGACAACGUCAAAUGCAGACUCCUCAGGCACCGUCAGGAAACGCUGAAAUAGUCUCUUCCUCGUCCAGCUAUAAUCACGGUGAGUUAUUCGGUACGGUCGCGAAUGGUGCUGUCGUCAACGGAGAAGAUGAUGACGGCGAUGAUGAAGAUGCUUCGGCUGUCUCUACUUGUACGACGGAGCUAUCUCUCACUCCACCCUCUUCAACUCACCAGGCUCGCUUCUUGAAUUACGAUAGUACCCUUGUCCCAGGUAAAGAUGGUCAGUGUGUGCAGAGAGCAGAAGUAAAUGGCAGAUAUAGUAAAAAGAUGGACCAUCAAAAUCACCACACAAUCACAGUCAGUGAAGAAAGGAAAGUGGAGAUGCAGAGUGGCUUUUACUUCUUUGAUUUUCUUGGAGUUGGAGCUUCUUGAUUAAUUAAUUAUAUGGAGAGUUAUUCCAUGUCCAUAAGAAACUUUCUAGAGUUCCUAGACAAAAAUAUUUAUCAUUUAAUAUAAUUUAGUUAUAUAAUUAAAACUUAGUCUUAUAAUAAGAAUUGAACCGAUAAGAAGAGAUGAGAGUGUUCGUAGAGCACAUACAAUGGUGAGUCACUCAUCCAAAUUU